AUGGUAAAGGAGCUCUUAGACUCUGGACUCAUACGACCAAGCAAGAGCCCCUUCUCCUCACAAGUUUUGUUGAUAAAAAAGGCAGAUGGCACUUGGCGAUUCUGCAUUGACUACCGGGCUCUAAACAACAUUACAAUCAAAGAUAACUAUCCAAUACCUGUGAUUGAUGAAUUGCUUGAUGAGCUCCAUGGGGCUAAGUUCUAUUCGAAAUUGGAUCUGCGGUCUGGGUAUCACCAAAUUCGUGUGCAGGAAGAUGAUAUUCCGAAGACAGCGUUUCGAACUCAUGAGGGACACUAUAAGUUCGUUGUCAUGCCUUUUGGGCUCACUAACGCCCCGGCAACCUUCCAAAGCCUCAUGAACGACCUCUUCCGCCCCUAUCUACGACAGUUCAUUCUGGUGUUCUUCGACGACAUCCUGGUGUACUCAAAAUCAUGGGAAGAUCACCUUACUCACUUGCAUCUUGUCCUUACGAUUUUAUCCUCUCACCAGUUGUUUGCCAAGGAAUCGAAAUGCCAUUUUGGGGUUCAACAGGUUAAGUAUUUGGGGCAUAUCAUCACUGAAGAUGGAGUAUCCGUCGAUCCCGAUAAGGUACAAGCUGUCGUGGCUUGGCCCACACCCACUACGGCCAAGGAAGUUCGGGGAUUCCUUGGCUUAGCAGGCUAUUACCGAAAAUUCAUCCGCAACUUUGGCACCAUGGCAGCACCUAUGACCAAGCUCUUGACCAAAGAGAAAUUUCACUGGAGUGAGGAGGCAGAGACGGCAUUCAAUCAGCUCAAACAAGCCCUCACUACCCCACCAACCUUAUGUCUACCGGAUUUUUCCCAAACGUUCGUGGUGGAAUGUGAUGCCAGCGGAGCCGGGAUUGGAGCAGUCCUCACUCAACACAACAAGCCCAUCGCUUAUUUCAGUGAAGCCCUCAAAGGAACGGCACUCACCCUGUCCACAUAUGAGAAAGAAAUGUUAGCCAUAGUCAAGGCUAUCAGGAAGUGGCGGCCCUACCUGCUCGAAAAACCAUUCACAGUUCGCACAGAUCAUAAGAGCCUUAAAUACUUGUUGGAGCAACGCAUUACCACUCCUGCCCAGACACGGUGGCUUCCCAAACUUCUGGGAUAUGACUACACUAUUGAGUACAAGAAAGGGCCGAAGAAUCAGGCUGCGGACUCCUUAUCUCGUAUAGGCGAGGUACAAUUUCUCUCUAUUUCGGUUCCUCAUGCCGAUUGGUGGCCUAAACUACAGAUGGAGGUACAACAGGAUCCAUUUUAUGCCUCCUUAGCAAGCAAGAAUGCCUCCCACAAGUUGAUUCUACGCGAUGGUGUUUGGUUCCAACAUGGUAGAGUUUUCUUGAGCCCCACCUCCACUCUGAUUCCUCUGAUUCUGGCCGACAGCCACUCCUCUCCUAUCGGUGGACAUUUUGGGACCCACAAGACCCUUUACCGAAUCAGACAAAGCUUCAUUUGGCCAAAAAUGCGACAGACUGUGAAGGAAUUCCUGAGAACCUGUGAGGUCUGCCAGCAAUGCAAGUCUGAUUGCAUGCAACCCGCGGGAUUGCUUCAACCCCUGCCUAUUCCCACUCGGAUCUGGACUGAUGUAUCAAUGGACUUCAUUGAAGGGCUCCCUACUGCAAAUGGUCACUCCGUCAUUAUGGUCGUCGUAGAUCGUCUCUCCAAAUAUGCUCAUUUUGUUUCUUUGAAACAUCCGUUUACUGCUGCCAUGGUUGCGAAGCCCUUCGUUGCCAAUGUGGUUCGACUGCAUGGAGUUCCCACCUCCAUUGUCAGUGACAGAGAUAAGGUCUUCACUAGCUCAUUUUGGCAGAAUUUAUUUCGCCUUCAAGGGACCAACCUGUGUAUGAGUUCCAGUUACCAUCCCCAGACCGAUGGUCAAACGGAGGUUGUCAACCGAAUUUUGGAGCAGUACCUUCGCUGUUUUGUAGGCCAACAACCGAAGAAAUGGGUGGAAUGGCUACCCUGGGCGGAGUUUAGCUACAACACUUCGACCCAUUCCUCAACCAAAAUCACACCCUUUGAGGCUGUCUAUGGCACUCCACCCCCGCACCUGCUAGCUUAUGUCCCGGGCACAGCCCGAGUUCAGGCUGUUGAAGAAUACCUCCAAGACCGAGACACCCUCUUGCGAGAUCUCCGCCGGAAUCUUUGUCUUGCUCAGGAGAGGAUGACGAGCCACGCCAAUCAACAUAGGCGAGAGGUAUCCUUUGAGGUCGGCGAUUAUGUGUACUUGAAGUUACAACCCUACCGCCAGACUACAGUUGCAUUUCGGGGUUCUUUGAAGCUUUCUCCACGGUUUUAUGGUCCUUUCCAGGUAGUGAAGAGGGUGGGUCCUGUGGCCUACAAGCUGGACCUUCCAGAGGGCUGUCAAAUUCACAAUGUCUUCCACGUAAGUUUGUUGCGGAAGCACUUAGGCUCCAUUACACCUGCAUCAUCCCACCUUCCUCCAGUUGCGGAAAACUCCUCCAUCCUUCCCCAACCAGAAUCCAUUUUGGCCCGACGUGAAAUUCAGAAAGGGAAAUACCGCCCCAAAUCUGAAGUGCUAGUCAAAUGGGUGGGAGCCUCAGCCGACGAUGCCACUUGGGAAAAUGAGUGGCGGUUCUUCAAAUCCUAUCCCAAUUUCCGUCCUUGA